AUGGGAAAAUCAUCCAAGGACAAGAGAGACGCCUACUACAGACUCGCCAAGGAGCAGAAUUGGCGAGCACGGUCGGCAUUCAAACUCAUCCAGAUCGACGAGCAGUUUGAUCUCUUCUCGUAUGCAGAACCAUCCCAGUGUACACGAGUCGUUGACCUAUGCGCAGCCCCCGGCAGCUGGAGUCAGGUCCUUUCGCGCAUCCUCAUAAAAGGUGAAAGCUUUGGCCGGAGAGCAUGGGUGGAGAAGAUGGAGGGAUUUCGUAAGCAAGCUGGCGGACCAGUGGGCGAGAACUCGAAGGACGACGACGUCUCCGGUAUGGGCGCCCUGGGAGUACAACCUCCUAGUGCAGAGCUCAAGCCUCGCCCUAACGUGAAAAUCGUCGCGAUCGACCUUCAACCGAUGGCCCCCUUGGAAGGCAUCAUUCAAAUGGCGGCCGAUAUCACCCAUCCUUCUACAGUGCCGCUUCUUAUGAAAGCUAUCGACCCGGACUUUGAUGAGCGCAACCAAACGCAUAAGGUUGACUUGGUCAUCAGUGACGGUGCUCCCGACGUGACAGGUCUUCAUGAUCUGGAUAUCUACGUACAAUCUCAGCUACUGUACUCUGCGCUGACAUUGGCGAUGAAAGUGCUCCGACCGGGCGGCAAGUUUGUGGCUAAGAUUUUCCGCGGGCGCAAUGUGGAUCUGAUCUUUGCACAGCUCAAACUGGUCUUCGAAAGAGUUCACCUUGCCAAACCCCGAUCUAGUAGAGCAAGCAGCGUCGAGGCUUUCGUGGUAUGUGAGGGAUACCGGCCCGUCAAAGACUGGACUCCUGAGAUUGGAGACGCACUAAACAUCCCGCAACGGGCUUCGCAGCAACCAGUGCAUUCAGAAGCGCAGACGAGACAUGUGCGAGAGGAUGGCAUUGUUGAGCUUCACUUUGAAGACGAGGAGAGCGAUCCGCAAAGAUGGAUCGCGCCGUUUCUCGCUUGCGGAGACCUGUCCGCAUGGGAUGCUGACGCCACCUACAGGUUGCCAGCAGACUAUGUGAGCCUCCCACCAGUACAGCCGCCCACGGCACCGCCUUAUAAAGAGGCAAUUGAGCGCAAGAGAGCCGAGGCCGGUGCGUACGGCAAGACUAAAGAUCGACUUCGUACGUCACAUCGUGACGGGACUUGA